CUGGGUCUCAUGUGUCUCUUCCACACUCCAGCCCAGUAGGGGCGCUGGUGCAGCUUCAACGUGACGUGUCACGUGCCACCCGCCAUCAAACGAAAAGAAGAAGAUGGUCACGUGACGCUGUUGUCAUGGCAGCAGAUAAGCAGCAGUUAGCAGUUAGCAGUAAGCAGUAAGCUAGCUGUUAGCUAACUGUUAGCUAACUGUUAGCUGCUGUCUUCAAACAGGGACACAUCAGAGCAGCCGCCUUCACCUAACACGUUCUGUUGACACCGGAAGUGCCUGAGAGCUCGUCCUCACCGCGAUGGCGCCGAAGAGUAAGAGUAAGAAGCCCGGGAAGAUGAAGUCCUCUGCGGUGGUGGACAGUCUGUCCACGGAGGACAUGUCCAAGGACCAGCUGGAGGAGCACGUGGCUCGGCUCCGGGAGGAGCUGGAGCGCGAGCGGGAGGAGAGGAGCUUCUUCCAGCUGGAGAGAGACAAGAUCCAGGCCUUGUGGGAAACGUGCAGGAGAGACGUGGAGCAGGUGAAGGACGAGCUGAGGCACCGGCACCGGGAGAGAGACGAGGCUCAGCAGCGCCACCGAGUGGAGAUCAGUGUUUACAAGCAGAAGCUGAAGCACGUCCUGUCUGAGCAGCACAACAGUGUCUCCGAGCUGAAGAUGGCCGCCGCCGCCUCCGCAGCACUGAUCCAGAACCAGCAGGCGGAGGCGGAGCUGGAGCUGCGCCGCGCCGCGCUGCCGGCGGACGCCAGCGAGAAGACGCUCCGCAGCAAGGAGCGCAUCGAGGAACUCAAACUGAAACACCAGGUGGCGCUGCUGGGGCUGACAAACGACUACGACAGGAGAAUAAGAGAUCUGGAGGUGAAGUUUAACAAGAGGAUGCAGGCGACCAUGGAGGUGGAGGAGAGGAAGCGGAGGUCAGAGGUCAACGAGCUGCAGGACAGGAUGGACGCUCGGGUGGUGGCGCUGGUGGAGGACCACGGCCGCGCCCUCAGGCGGGCGGAGGAGUAUUACUCCAGCAUUCAGAACAAAGUGCUGGCAGACGAGAAGGUGCUGAAGGAGGAGGCAGCAGAGGUGCAGAAGCAGCUGACGCGAGUGUCCAAUCAGCUUUCAGUUGCUCAGCGUGAAAACAAGCGUCUGCGUGAGUGUCUGCAGGAAGCCGAGCAGACGCUGCCCGAGCUGCAGCUGCAGCUGCACCAGUACAACCAGUCCAAGGCCAAGCUGGUGAAGUCCGGAGCUCGAGCGAAGGUGGCUGAGAAGGAGCUGUGGGAUCUGACCAUCGAGCACGAGCUGCUGCUGCAGGCCUUCGAGAAGGUCCAGAAGGAGCGUGACGAGCUGCUGAGGAAGCAGAGGGAGGUCAUCAUGGAGCUGCAGCAGAGGAGCGGCCUGAAGCAGCUGCUGCUGGAGAGGAAGCUCUCUGCUCUGACUCAGACUGUGGAGACCAAGGAGGCUCAGCUCUGUGGAGCGCUCUCCACCGCCGCCGCCGCAGGAAGCAGCGCCGCAAACAGACUGAAGGAGACGUUGGAGUCCAAACACGUGACUGUCGGUGCGUUGGAGGAGGAGCUGGCUGGAGAGCGUCAGGAGUACGAGCAGCUGCUGCAGAGCUGCACCGAGCGGCUCCAGGCUCUGGGCGUCGCUCAACAGGACUUCAGGCCCGUGGAGCAGAUGUGACCGGGCCGAGCCCAGAACUCCGACCUGAAGGAGGACGUCGGGGGUCGAAACCUGUUGUUGAUCUGGUUCCUUCCAGAAAGAGUUUGUUCUUGAAACUGAUUUUGGCCACAAGAGGUGGAAGCUACCACUUCCUGUCAGGAACCAGGAAUUCAACGGGAGGGACAUUCCACUUCCUGUUUACACAAACUAAACUUUAACCUUUUAAAUCAGGAGUUUGAGAGUUAAGAGGAUCAGACUGAAGAGACAAGCCUUUAGUGGACGGUACUAGCUGCCCCCCCCCCCCCAUUAUGAUCUGUUCGACUCUAAUUGAUCAUAAUUCACUAAAUGAAAAUCAGCUGUUUGAAGAAGACAUGAAACUAGAGACUGAGACAGAAACUCCUGAGGAAAAUGUUUAUUGAGGUUAUAAAGUGAGAAGUGGAGUUCUUUCUAUAGAAACUACCAGAGGAGUCGCCCCCUGCUGGUCAGUACACAGAAGACCGGUUUCAGACACUUCAUCAGCUUCACUUUCUGGACCCGGAGUCUACGGACAUUUUUAAAAACAGUCUCUGAACUCUUAAGUCUCAGCUACAGCUCAGGACUCAAACACUCAGUCGCUGAUUCGUUCCCUUUGGCGACACUUUACAUCAUACACAAGCCAAUAGAAAACUGCACAUGAAUAUUUACAUUGUAUUUACACAGUCUGUUCCUCUUCAAUUCAUCUUCAGAGGUGACGCUCAGUCUCAGUCUCAUGUAAAGUUGAGAAUCAGCUUCUUUGUUGAGUAAAUAUCGAUCAUCAGAGCCCAGAAGACGUUUUCAGUCUUUUACAAAUGGAUCUGUCCUGAAGAACUCCACAUCUGAGGACAAAGACGUUUGAGCAUCAAAGUUUCAAGAUGUAAAACUUUGGAAUCAGCUGAUGACGUCAUCACUCCGAACACUUCCUGUUUAUCACCUGAAAACAUCCAUUUAGGCCCCUCCCCCCUCCCCCUUGUGUUCAAAUUUAAAAUUGGGUGUAGUGUCACUUUCUGUCAAAACUUAUUCUGAAGAAACUCUUUUGUUUGUGGGAGCUGCAGCAGUGAAGGGAAUUGAACCCUCAACCGCAGCAGUUCGAAGGUACAGGAAACUUCUACCAGCUGCGGGUCACCAUCUGGAUUCUGAGUGAAACUUGACUCUGUGUGUGGAUCACCUCGAGCUGGACCUCUUGAGACAGAGCGUCUCCGUGAGGACAUUGAGCAGCAUCUCUCAGGACAGACGAGAGCAGACUGACCUGGGACCUGUCCCCCUCAGAGGACACGGCGCUCUGGGGUUUGUCUCCGGACUCAGCCGGUGCCGUGGCUGCUGUACUCGAACACGCCCUUCUUGAAGAACGGCGAGAAGUCCCAGACGGCGUGUUUGGACAGACGGAACCCGGCGUCGGUUCUGAGCGGAGAACCGACCGACGCCAGCAUCACUCGGAACAAGCUCCUCAGAUAACGCUGGAAGAGACAUGGAGACAGUUUCAGAUCCAAAUCGGUUUUCUUUCAUUUUGUGUCUGUGCUGUUUCUAAUGUCCCUGAACUGCAGCUUGAAUCUGUGUCUGAAACCUGCUUCAUAAAUUAAACUUCUUCAGUAAUGAUCUAAAAUGAGUUGGUUCGUAAUGUCUGUCGUGCUGACGUCAGAGACUCCCGGCUGGUUCCAGGGUUAUUGUUAUUAUAUUUUAUAUUCCCUCAUGUCAUUGAAUUUCAUUCUUUACGACCUUUAGAGGUCAGAGAUUCAACUUGUUGCAGAAACCCUGAGUAGAAAUCUGAUCUGUCCUUCUUGAUGUGUAAA